AAGUUCACCAUUUCUCGAAAGCUACCGAAAUUUUCCCCCGCAAAAAUGGAUGACGCCACCGAACAGGAGGUGUUCAACCGAAUGCAGAUGACACAAUUCGAGGAGAAGCGCUUCGAGUUGGUGGUUAUAAGGGCAGAGGAUACGGUAGUUGUCGAGCCGUUGAGACAGCGUGAAACUUGCCCGAAAUGCCACCAAAUACUCAGCUCGGAGCUCUCCCGUCUAUGGCACCAAUUUGUCCAUAUGGAUGCAUAUAACGGAUUUCUAGAUGGAAAAUUUCAGAUUCAGCUACCAGAUUUUGAAUUUGUAAUUCCCUGUCCAUUUUCCACGUGUAGCCUACUAUUUUUGGACCUCAUUGAUGCGAGAUUCCAUUACCUCCUGGAGCACCAAUCCUGCCAACUAUUUUGCUGUGGAGUACGGUUUUCAGACUAUAAGACUGCUUUGGAGCAUUUACAAGGAACUGGAUCUGUUGAAACAGAAGCUUGGGAUCAGCAGAAACAUUUUUUGAAGCCAGUUUACAUCUGCAACUGUUGCAAUCGUACUUGGUCGUCACGUAGCGAGUACGUGGCACAUUUACACGGCCGGGAUCAUAUGUGCCCGGAUCCGGUGUGCAAGUACAUUUUUGAAACUAAUGAGAAGUGUAUCCGACACUUUUUUGAGCAGCAUUAUAAACACCUAUUCCUAGACUCCAGGCACCUACUUCUCAACUACAAGUACUUUUUGCGCUACCAGGAGAAGCAGGAGGAACGAGCAUAUGGAUCAUAUGUGUGUACCACAUGUCAACGCCGAUUUCGGGACAACAAGGGGUUUCAGAGCCACGUGGCAAGCCAGAAUUGUGAAUUUUUUGAUAGAAAAAUCAUGAUAGAAAAAUCACCAUCCAUCCAGACCAUAAAGACCAUCCACCAGACAGUCGGUUUUACCCUGGAAAUAUUGAUUUAUAACGAUACGUUUGAAGAAAAAAGAAACAUAUUAAAGGUAUGUAAUCAGGUAUCAUUUUAA